GUGAACGCACCACAAGGAGCACGCAUGCGCUCUGGUGAGCUUUGCCUUGGAGCUGGUGGGGAAAACACGUUUUUAGCUUGGACUGUUGGUGAAGCUGUUUGACGUCAGCUGAUUGGCCUGCUGAUCAUCACCUGAGGGAGCCGGAGUCACCAAUGCUGUGAUAUCAUGAGCGGUGUCAUCGAGAAGGACGAAUCUGGUGUUUACCAACGGGUGGUGUUAAAGAACGCCGCGCCAUACCACUACCUGAAUGUCUGCCUUGUCCUGGAAGAUGAGUCUACCAAACUGAGUGCUGUUGAAUUUAAGCAGUUUAUCACCUCAGGCCUGAAGGGCCUGUACGGAGAGGUGGGAGCCGCUUUACCUUUUGACGUGUUGAAGUACAAUGAAGACAAACGCACGGCUCUGCUGCGUGUUUACAGCAGGGGUUUGGUGAAGCUGUGGAGCUCCCUGACUCUGCUGGGCUCCUACCAGAACCAGGCCUGUGCCUUCAGAGUGCUGCAGGUGUCUCCGUAUCUUCUGGCGCUGACAGGAAACAGCCGAGAGCUGCAGCUGGAUUGACGCAGGAGAAGCAUCGUGUUGUUCAAGAUGAGUUCCAUAUGGAAGAGCGUCUUCAACAAGUCACAGCUGUGUGUCUCGACC